AGGAAAAAUCUGUUGUAUGUUUUUUUUCAAUGUAUUUAUAAGCGAAUUUUUAUUUUUUUGUUGAAACGAUAAAAAAUUAUUAAAAAUAGAGGUUUGAUGUGGUACAAUAGUAUAGGUAUUACUGGCGUUACAUUUAGCAGCGAGGAGCUGCAUUUGAUGCAGCACACCAGUUGCAAUCGGUCUGUUUACAUUUAAAUUUUUUUCACUAGCGUUAAAUUGAAUUACCAUUUGAUAAACGAUGCAAGUGGAAACUAGAGUAAACUCAAUUAAAUAUUUACAAAAUAUUAACUUUUCAAAGUUGAUUUUAAGUGAAAAAGUAGAUAAAAAAAAAAGAUUGACAAACACCAGUUUUAUCUAUUCUACAAAAGAGUACAAGUAGGAGCAAAGAAUAUGCAUGCCAGUUUAGCAUCAGUGUUUACCACAAAACUGAAUAGCUUUGUGGAUGUGAUGAAAAGAACACUUUAUUCUGUUUUCCAUGCUUACUAUUUGGUGGACAGACUUUAUGGACAAAAAGUGGCAUGACUGACUUGAGGCAUUUACCACAAAAAGUAAUGAAACAUGAGCUGUCAACCAAGCAUAUAAAUAAUGUUAUUGAUUUGUCAAUGCUGGGUAAAGUGAACACUGUAGCUCAAAUUGAUAAAGCAUACAAUAUUUUGAUAGCGAAACACAAUAUCAAAUACUAUUUGUAACAUCAUCACCUCUGCUAGUCACGUCUCCGCCAGCAGGAUUGUGAUGACCUCAGUGGUUUUAUGAGAUGAAUCAUUUGAUUGAGCACAGUACUACUUGACCCAAGGAGUCUACAGUUAUUCUCAGCACCAACACCAGUGUAUAGCUGACUAUCCAGAAUGAAGGAAUCCUGUUUGCCUGGUCCCAGCAGCAAACCAAAGACACUCCACAGCCUUGUACUCAUCCGAUUGUCUCAUCUGCUGCUGGAGAAUGCUGUCCCACCAAGUUUAAAAAAGUACUUGCCUUUCUUGAACAUGGUUGGUCGCCUGCAGUUGUUACCCAAAUGCCCCCAUAUGAACCUGGGUACAAGUGCAGAAGAGCAGCAGCAGCACAACGAAGGGGUGCUUACUGCAGGUGCUGAAGAUGAAACUGUUCUAACUGGUACUUUUGAUUACUCCAUAGAUGAUAUCAUCUUGUCAGAGCCAGGAAGAUGUAACGAUCGUCUUCUUGUUUAUAAGGAACUAUUACUGCAACAUAUGGUGAAAGUGAAACAGUGGUUUGAUGAUGAAGGAUGGCUUGGGAAGCAAGAUUCAAAAUUGCGCAAGUUGCUGCGAGAAUCCUGCUGGGAUCUGCUGCAAGUCCUUGGCUAUAAUUGUCAGUGCCCACUCCUCUUACUGACUCUUGAAUUAAUGUUCACCACAAAGGCUGGAUUUAACAAGAUAGUGACGGUGGUACCAAAUACCUUUUGUGCCACCUUAAAUAAUUUUCUUUUGAAACUUCAACCUUUUGGAAUAGAAAAACUUUACACAGUUAAUUUACAGUUUGAUUGCCCAUCUAUUGUGGUUACUAUAUGUAAAAAUUCUCCAUUAAUUAAGUGGAUUUAUCUGAGAAUAGAAUUUGUCAAAGGGGAUAUUUUAAGGGAAAUUGGACAUGCUGCUCCUAGCAUUGAAACAGUUAUUGUUGCUGUCAGAGAAGAUGAAAUAUUUGAGGAAAUAUCAUCUACUGUUGAAAUUGUGAUUGAUGGUGGGGAGGGUCUGGAAGAUAGUUUAUACACAGGCUUUUUUGAUGGCCUAGACAAAGAUGCUGUCAAUCUUAAAAUUCAGAAUGGGGAAGGUUUUAAAAUGACUUUCCCAAAAUUAAAGUAUGUAGAUGUAGGAAUUCAUAGAGAUGUACGGGACUUUUUGCAUCACCUCUUAUACAUAUACCCGGAUAUAAGAAGCAUCAUGUGUGAUUCAGAAGACUGGGUUCUGAGCAAGUAUUCUCUCAAUUUUCCGUUUGCAUCACCUUCAUAUCUGGGUGCUGGUCCAAAGUCCUUACAAGAGAAAGUAGUCGAGUAUAAUCUUCGUGAAAUGAGCUUUACGUCAUUUUGCCUCUGUUCAAAAUUACACGAUAUUACUAGAUUCAAAAAGUUAGAGCACAUUAGUUUACAUUUGUUGAGAGGCCCAUGGAAAAUUAAACAUACCAGUGAAAAUGCAGAAGAACUUCUUUCUCGAAUUAGUUGCCAAUAUUUGACUAUUUUUGUUGAUGUUUACAUGAGUAAUGAUGAUUUAUUAGGUUUAUACACACCAUCACUGCAGAGAGUUGGAUCAUCUCUGAAAAUAUUACAGUUUCAUCUUACUAAUGAGGUGAAUGUCAAGGUUUUAUGUCAGCUCAUCAAUAUGUGCCAGUCCUUAGAGGAGCUGGCACUUGUAACAUCCUGUGAGAGAUGUGAGGUUGAAGGUGAGGCCACUGACAGGAUAGAUCUUUGCCAGUUAACAAGGUUGAAAUGUCUUAGUAUCUCCAGUCACUACAAUGUCACUGAUGCUCUGUACUUGUUGUCACACAAACUUAUCUGUUCUUCAACAAAUCUAACAACUUUGGAGCUUGAGCUUGGUGGGCGAAUUGUAACAGAAUGGCUGAUGGAGAUUGUCACAAGUGGGGCUCUGGCAGGACUGAAAAUCUUUCAUUUAAAUUUGCCUGGUUACAGUUUUGAUAAGUUGAUAAUAAGCAACUUUUUCAUUCCUUUGAUAAGUGCUUUACCUCAUCUUUCAUGCUUGAUGCUGGGCAAUGUUUGUUACUGCAUUAUCCAGGCAUUAAGGGAAAGAUACAGAUGGUCAAAGUUGACAAUCAUUUCUAGGACUUCAUCAUAUGUGGCAUUCAGAAGUCUCACUUGCCGAUGCUGUUAGAUACAGCUCACUUUACAGAGCAUGUGUGCAUUAUCCUCAGUUAUAAACAUUAAUUGUUUCUCAGCUAGAGUAAAUGUUUUAAUAUAAAUUAGUCAGUGAAACAAACUGAAACAUAAUUGAAGUUCAAUCUCCAAUUUGUGGAUUACUUGUGAAGAAUGCAAUGUAUACAGCUUGUGUCUGUGUUGAAAUUGUGAAUUAGGGCUGUGUUUUCCUAAGAAACUAUAUUAAAUUUAAUUGUAGGAGAUGCCUAGCAUCAGCCAGUAGGCUUACUGCAGUGUUUCUCACUCCUAGUAUGAAUUGCCUGGCAUAGGGUAGCAGGCCAACUGCAGGGUUUACCUAACAUGGGCCAAUAGGUCAGCUGCAGUACGUACUCCUCUAAUCUUAUGUCUGGUGAUAUUUCUGAGGAAAGAUUGUCAGGCUGGUUCAUUAUGUACACUACAGUGGACCCCCGCAUAACGAUCACCUCCGAAUGCGACCAAUUAUGUAAGUGUAUUUAUGUAAGUGUGUUUGUACGUGUAUGUUUGGGGGUUUGAAAUGGACUAAUCUACUUCACAAUAUUCCUUAUGGGAACAAAUUCAGUCAGUACUGGCACCUGAACAUACUUCUGGAGUGAAAAAAUAUCGUUAACCGGGGGUCCACUGUAUACCCUGUGUAAUAAUUGAAAGAACACAUGACUGAUUUAUAAUAGCAUUCCUUUUACUUCGUAUAUUUUCACCCUUUGCAAGAUAGUAGGUUGGUAGACAGCAGCCACCCAGGGAGGUACUACCGUCCUGCCAAGCCAGCGUAAAAUGGAAGCCUGAAAUUGUUUUACAUGAUGGUAGGAUUGCUAGUGUCUUUUUUGCCUCAUAAACAUGCAAGGCUUCAGGUAUGUUUUGCUGCUACUACUUAAACUUAAGUCAUACUAUACGUACAUGCAUGUACAAGCAUAUAUACACACACCCCUCUGGGUUUUCUUCUGUUUUUCUUACUAGUUCUUGUCCAUGUUUAUUUUCUCUUAACUCCAUGGGAAAGUGGAACAGAAUUCUUCCUCCAUAAGCCAUGCAUGUUAUAAAAGGUGACUAAAAUGCUGGGAGCAAGAGGCUAGUAACCCCUUCUCCUAUAUACAGUGGACCCCCGCAUACCGAUUUUAAUCCGUGCAAGAGGGGUAAUUGUUAUGCGAAAUAAUUGGUAUGCGAAUGAAUUUUCCCCAUAAGAAAUAAUGGAAAUCAAAUUAAUCCAUGCAAGACACCCAAAAGUAUGAAAAAAAUUUUUUUUUUACCACAUGAAAUGUUAAUUUUAGUACACACAAACUGAAAAAGGCAUGCACACUUACAUGACACUUACUUUUAUUGAAGAUCUGGUGAUGAUUGAUGGGAUGGGAGGAGG